CUUAAUUUUAAAAAAUAAUAAGGAAAACAAUGAUUUUAUUGAAACUUUAUUUAAUUUUUCAGAUUUUUGUUAAAUACACAAAUCUACAAGAUGUGACAUCCCAAGGUCUCAAUUUCUAUAUCCCUCAAUCAUCAGAAGAUUUUAAGUUUAUUGAACCUGAAAUCCCAAGCAUAGCUGCAUCAAAAUUGCAUUAUAGUGUCGCACAAGAAGCUACAGAUGGUCAGUUUCCUUUUGUUUGUGAAAUAAGGAUUCAACAAGCUGAUGGAGUUGGAUUUAUAUGCAGUGGAAGCUUGAUAGACAACAAUUGGGUCUUAUCAGCGAGACAUUGUAUUGAUGGGAAAGACAACGCAACAGUUCAGAUACUUUUAGGAUCAGCAGAUCGUGGUGAAGAUCGUGAGUCAUAUUUUGCGGACAACUGCUUCUAUCCAACUGUACAAGAUGAUUCAGAACUUGAUAUUGUAUUGCUGCAUCUAUCAAGUCCUGUCACAUAUUCUGAGGAUAUAAAUUAUAUUAAAGUUAUUAAUGCUUUUAAAGCCCGAACAAUUAUUGAAGGCGCUCAAGUUGCUUAUCUUGCUGGAUGGGGACAAACAAAUCCAGGGCUGUUUACAAGGUUUCUGCACUACACACAGUUUAGACUUGUGUCCCGGAAUGAGUUAAAUCUUGGUCCUUAUUAUUAUGCAAGUAGGCCAAUUAAUCAAAAAUCUCAAAGCUUAGGAGGUGAUUCAGGUGGUCCAAUGUUUAUCAUCGACAAAGGAGUACCCAUACAGAUAGGUGUUAAUGUAGCAUAUAUCACAUUAAGUGAUUCAGCAGUAAUUUACCAACAGUCAACUAUAAUUUCUAAAUUAUUGAAUUUCCUUGCUUUACAUGUGGAUGGACUCAAAUUGAAUUCUUAGAUGAUUUUUCAGACUCAGAAACUAGGUGGUAAUCCACCAAAUACUGCGAACUUCCAUACAAAUACCCCCAAAACUGGCCUUUAAAAUGCCGGCUAGUUUCAGAGCAUGGAUUAUUUCCUAUAAUUUGGUUGUUAAAUGACUAGAUUUAACAAACUCGAAUGGCACAAGUAAGUUGAAAUCCGAAACUAAGCUGGUAUAACUCUGGCAUGGUGCUGGAUUCAAAUUGAAG